GGCUUUUUUUUUUGUAAAACAACUUGCCGCACCUCUACCUACACACACACGAUUGAUUUUGAUUUGCCUGCAGGCACAAAAAUCUCUGAUUUGCAUAUAAUUUCUUGUCGUUCAAGUCCAAAUCAAUCUCAGCUCUCAGCAUGGCUCAUAUUUUAGAGAAUCAACUUAUCAAUGCGGCUCAGCAUAUCGAACAACAAUUGGAUCAGCAGUUGGAUCGUUUGGAGAGUCUUGGAACUGAUGAUCUGCAAAUGAUUCGCGAGCAGCGAAUCAAGGAAAUGAAGGAGCUAAAUAAAAAGAAACAAGAAUGGUUGGCUAAUGGUCAUGGUGUGUAUACUGAGUUGGCUGAUGAAAAGGAAUUCUUUGAAGUUUCGAAAAAAUCACCAAAUAUCGUUUGCCAUUUCUAUAGAGACUCCACAGAACGUUGCCGCAUUGUUGAUAUGCAUUUGAAAAUCCUAGCUGCCAAGCAUGUUGAAGCAAAGUUUUGCAAAGUAAAUGCUGAAAAAUCUCCAUUCCUCACUCAGAGACUGAGAAUCAAAAUUAUCCCAACUAUCGCUUUAGUCAAGGAUAGUAAAACAAAAGACUUUAUUGUUGGCUUCACAGAUUUGGGCAAUUGCGAUGAUUUCUCCACAGAUAUGCUUGAAUGGAGAAUAGCACAAUCAGGAGCAAUUGAUUAUAAGGGUGACCUGAUAAAUCCACCGGAUGCAAAGAAGUCAUCCAAGAGCUAUAUCAAUCGACCAAAAAAAGCAAUCCGCGGUGGCUAUGAUUCUGAUGACUCUGACAUCGACUUUGAUGAUUAGCGGCAGAUAAUGUAAGCGUGUAUUUUCCUUAACACGCCAACGUAGCGAUAUAGAUUAAAUCUUUUCGAUUUUUUUUUUAUAUAAACAAGUAUACAUGCUGAAAUUAUUAGUAAGAAAAAAUAAUAAGAAAAAAAAUAAAAUAGUGUCUCAUACAAUAGUUUGUAAAAGAAA